UGAGCCUUUUUUUUUAUUUGUGGAACAUGAAGUAAACAGUUUCAGGCUUUCUUCUUGUAUGUGUACCUUUGAUUCCACAGAGCUUCGCAGCAGCAGAGCCGCACAAAUAACAAGAGUCAAGCACAGAGAGAAACAAUGUCUUCCCCUAGCAAACGCAGAGACACGGACCUGAUGAAACUGAUGAUGAGUGACUACAAGGUGGAGAUGAUCAACGAUGACAUGCAAGAAUUCUUUGUAGAAUUCCACGGACCUAAAGAUAGUCUGUAUGAGGUCGGUGUGUGGAAGGUAAGGGUGGAGCUACCUGAUGCUUAUCCUUACAAGUCUCCGUCCAUUGGCUUUGUCAAUAAAAUUUUUCAUCCUAAUGUUGAUGAAUUGUCUGGUUCUGUAUGCUUAGAUGUUAUUAACCAGACUUGGAGUCCCAUGUUUGACCUUGUAAAUGUGUUUGAGGUGUUUCUUCCUCAACUUCUUCUGUAUCCCAAUGCAUCAGAUCCAUUAAAUGGUGAUGCUGCUGCCUUGAUGAUCCGAGAUCAUGCUACAUAUGAACAAAGAGUCAAAGAAUAUUGUGAGAGAUAUGCGAAGCCAGAAGACAUUGGAGCUGUAGAAGAGAAAGAUUCUAGCGAGGAUGAGCUGAGUGAAGAUGGUUAUGCCUCUAGUGAUGAUGGUAUUGUCGGGCAACCAGAUCCUUAGAUUUUUACAUAUAAUGUCUGUCUUAUUUGAUUGUACAUGAUAUAAUAUGAUUUUAUAUUGAGUCCAAGAAUAGGUUAAAGAGACAAGUUCUUAUGGUUUCUAUCUGUUCCAUGGUGGUUGUGUAAAUUGGUUUAUGAUUUAGGUGUUUAAGGUAUUCAGUUAUGUGACUAGAAAAUUCAAUUUCUGAAGUUUAAGCUGCUUCUGCUAUGAAUGCAUUUAUUGCUUCUGA